AUGUCCCUGCGCGGGGAGUCUGGAUGGCAGGCAACUCAUGCCAAAGCUUUCGGCAAGGAGCGUUGGCCCCAACUUCUCCGAGCGCUGCGGCAGCCCGUCCAGCAUGUGGCGCUGCUGAACCCCUUCUUGCCAACACCGCAGCGGGAGGAACUGGUGCAGCUGCAAAAACUGCAGCCUCACGAGGGGAUCCCUUUCGUGUUUGUGCGUGCAGAUGGGUCCUCCUGUUCCAACGAUGCAGAGGCUGACCAGGAUGGUGACGGGCUGCUUGCGGGCAAGGAGCUGGCUUCUGGAGAGGCUUCGGCAGCUCCAUCUGAGCUCCUGCCAUGCUACUUCUUGGAUGGUGCCUCUGCCGUGGCCGCAACAUUGCUGGAUCCUGCUCCAGGGGCGUCUGUUUUGGACCUUUGCGCAGCUCCUGGGGGCAAGUCGCUGAUGCUGGCAUCGCUACUUUUCGCUGGCCGCUCUGCAGCAGGAGGAGACUCUUCUGGAAAGCUGAUCUGCAAUGAAAUGUCGCGCCCUCGCUUAGCAAGGCUGCAGAAGGUGGUCUCCUCCUUCAUGCCGCCUGAGAUGCUGGCAGCAGGUGCUUCCGGAUGUGUAAGCCUGGUGAAUGUGGAUGCCGCGACUGGAUCCAUCCCAGUACCUUUGCAACGGCUGGCCCCCUUUGAUAGGGUCCUCGUGGAUGCGCCCUGCACCUCGGACCGCCAUUUGGUGCAGCAAGGACAGUCAGCCCUUGCUCAUUGGGCUGCCGGAGCAGUCAAGGCCAAUGCAGAGAGACAACUGGAGCUUCUGCGUGCAGCUGCUGUGCUGGUGAAGCCUGGGGGCCUGGUUCUGUAUGUCACUUGUGCGUUGGCGGAAGCUGAGAAUGACGGAGUGGUGUCCAAGUUUCUGAAGAAGUUUGGACAGGACUUCGAAGUGGAGGAGUUCGCUGAGCAGACUUCGCAGCUGCUGCAGGGGGCAGACGUCACCAGGUGCGGGGUGCUCAUCCUGCCUGAUCGAACGCCUUACGGCCCUAUGUACAUAGCCCGCCUACGGCGCCGCUCCUGA